AAAAUUCCACAUCCGGAAAAUUGCAUUGUGGGAUAGAAUUCCGUACGCUAGAGCUCUGAAAAUCACCAACAUUCUGAAGAAUAGUUUGUUUUUGAGAUAUUUCGAUUACAGAUGGAAUAAGGAAGUCGUUCAUCACUAUUUUAGCAAAGUCAUCCCUGCAAACCAACCGACAAAAUGUCGUUAGACCCCAAAAUCGUGAAAAAGACCCAAGAUUCGUUGGGGAAAAUAAUCAAGAAACCACCGCUUACAGACAAACUAUUAGGAAAACCCCCAUUUAGAUUUCUGCAUGAUAUAAUGACGUCGGUUAUCAAAACAACAGGCUUCAUGAAAGGACUGUUCACAGAGGCUGAGAUGAACUCUGAGAAUGUAAAGGACAGAGAUAGUAAAGUUGCAUUUCUACAGAAGGCUGUAGAUAUGGUCGCUAUAGCCACUAAAAAGUCUAUGUCAGUAAAACCAGCUAAGAUCGUAGCAGGGCAUGAACCAGAGAAGACAAAUGAAUUUCUACAACUUUUAGCAACAGCUAUAAAUGCAAACGCUGAUAAUGGAGCAGUUGUUGACAAAGUAUUAAACAAAGCAGGAGAUACUGCUGAAGAACCUAAGAAAGAAAAACCAAAAGAAGAAAAAAAGAGAGAGAGCAGGGAUAAAGAUGAAAAAAGAAGCAAAGAUGACAGAAAAGAAAAAGAUGAAAAAAGAGAAAAGGAUGAGAGAAAAGAUAAAGACAGACGAGACAGAGAUAGAUCAAGAGACAAAGAUGACAAGAGAGAGAAAAGUAGGGACAGAGAUAGGGAAGAAAGACGCAGAGACAGGGAAGAUAGACACAAAGACAAGGAUGACAAACAUAGAGACAGAGAGAAAAGACACAGGGAUAAAGAUGAAGAAAAGGAAAGAAGACGAAAGCGAGCUCCUGUUAAAAAAGAGGACACAUUUGCUGAGUUCUUGACCGCUGAUGAUGAUGGAAAUACAUCCUGUUCUAGUACUGAUCUUAUAGCAGGUUUUGCUGAAGACAUCAACAAGAAAUCAGAUACUUCAGGUCCAGGGGAGAGUAACAGUGGGGAUAAAGUUGAUAGUCAAAAGUCCUCCCGUGCCAAUCGUCCUAGAGGUGCUAAACCCAGAGCGAAAGGAAAGUCAGAUUUAGAUAAGGAAAACUCUGAAAAAAAGUCAGAAUCUGUUGUUUUAUCUGAAAAAAAUUCUGAAUCUGCUGAAAAUGAGGUUGCUUCAGCUUCAAAGGUUCCUAAAAAGAAACGGAAAUCAGGGACAAAAAGCAGAAUGGCUAUGAGGGAUCAGGAAUCAGAACCAAAUCCAACUACUACUAGUCCCCAAAAAAAGCCUUCAAAAAUCCCUGUGAAAUUAGACAAAGAAGGUAAUAGAAGUCCACCAAAAUCAAGACUUGGGAGACGCAGAAGUAGCAGUGAUAAAUUGGCUCAACAGCAUUACCCAAGCUCACCUGUUAAAGGGAAACUCUCAAGAAGGAAAUCAAAAGAAUUGCAUAUGGAUGAAUCCUGGGCUAAGGCUGAAAAUAAUGAAAGUGGUACAAGUCAUAAUCAAACUGUAGAGAAAGAAGAGGAAGCAGGAAAAGAGAAUGAACCAGCUUUAAUGAAUGGAGGAGAGGCUGAGUCAGAACAGCCACAGAGAGUUGCCCGACCAACAUCAGCUAAAGGUUCUAGGAGAAGACAUGGAGGACGACAUGUUGCUUCAAGUGAUGAAGAAGAUGAACCUAAAAGACAAAUUCAGGCCUCAACAGAACCUUCCAUGGGUGAAGCAGAUCUACCUCCUCAAGUAGUGGCUUCACGGAAAGCUGGACGACCAAGCAGUGCUAGACCAGCGCCUCCUAGGAGGAAAGAACAAACCAUGGUGGAAAAUGAACCAGCAAUGAGACUGGGAAGUGGACAACCUACCAAUGUUAUUGUGGACGAUGGUCAGAAUUCUGAUGAUGAAGAGGAUGAAACUUUUGUUGUUGAGGAAACUGCCCCACCCCCACCAGAUAGUGAUCAGGAAGAGACUGCACCUGAUGGGGCCUUAUCUCGACCGCUAGAAGACGGAGAUGAUGAAGACCACGGUGGAUUAGUUAAAAAAAUAUUGGAGACAAAGAAAGAACUAGAGGGUCCCCAACAAACAAAGAAAACAGAAAUUGAAAGAAGUGGAAUGUCCGAUGCACAGCGCAGAAAACAGCGUGAACAAGUUCAAAAGGAAGUGGAUAAAUUACGAGGCUCCAUACAAACUUUAACACGUAGUGCUAAUCCACUUGGUAAAAUUAUGGACUAUGUUCAAGAAGAUUUAGAUUCGAUGCAAAAAGAAUUAGAAAGAUGGAAAACAGAAAACAAAGAACAUCAGAUGGAAUUGAAAAGGGAAAAAGGAGUGACAGACAAAGCAGUAGAACCACUUAAAGCACAACUAUCAGAAGUUGACCAAGCUAUAAAGGAUCAACUAGAUCUGAUCGCAGCCACCAAGUCGAACAUCGCUAGAAAUGACCAAAAAAUAGAUAAACUUUUACAGAGUGUAACAAGAUCUUGAGAAUUUAAAUAUUUUUAUUAUUUCUAUAGAAAAUUAAGAUAUAAAUUGAGCAAAAAAAAGAACUGAUAUUAGAUGCCAGUCAAACGUUCUAAGCAAUUAAAUUACCCAAAGAUGCAAAAUUCAAUGGUCUCCAAUAAAUGAUGGAGUCAAUAAUUUUUCUUGACAUUUUUUUACUUUUUAAAAGAACUAAUAAGAUUUAUAUUUAAUAUCAGUAAAUGAUUAAUAGGAUGGUGCAUUCUAUGUGAAAUUCCUGUAAGCAUUGUAUUGUUAAAAAGUAUUUAUAAUCUACUGUACUGUGACUUCUUUCAUCAUUGUUAAAGUUAAAUCUUUCUGAGAAAACAAUUUCAAAUCAUCCUAAAAGAAAUAAAAAAUGCCUCAUGUACGAUAAUUAUGCAUUUAUAUAUAAAUGCAAAUGCAUAGUGGACUGGCAGAAAUACAUGGAAGUUUUUAUUAUGUGUCAUGCAUUUUAUUAGGCUGUAGAAUAUAGUCAAGUAAUAUUUUUUUAUAAAGAUCUGAUUCUUUGACAGUUGAGUGAAUGUAUGAUGAUGUGUCUGGUUUGAAAGUAUGAAAGUUUAUUUGUGACAGAAAAGUGAUACUUUUCAUACCAAGAAUGUUAUCCCCCUUUUCAUUGGAUUUUUUUUGUGGCUGUUUAAUGUUAUUCAUGCAUAUCACUCAAUUUUUUCAGAUGGAAAAUGAAUCAUUAAAUUGAAUCUCAAAUUUUUAUAUAAAUUCUUGCUUGUCUUAAUAUUCAGUUUUUUAUGCCCUACCUACGAAAGUAAAGGGACAUAAUGUUUCGUGGUCUGUACGCCUGUUCGUCUGUCUGUUCAUCUGUUUGUUCAUUUGUCCGUACGUCCUUCGUCCUGUUUCAGGUCAAGGUUUUUGGUCAAGGUAGUUUUUGAUUAAGUUGAAAUCCAAUCAACUUGAAACUCAGUACACAUGUUCCUUAUGAUAUGAUCUUUCUAGUUUUAAUGCCAAAUAAGAGUUUUGACCACAAUUUCACGGUCCACUGAAAAUAAAAAAGUGGGUUGUGAUGGUUUGGAAAAUGGAAAAGUCUGAAAAACACAGAUUAUAUUUUGAACUUGUUCCCAAUAUUUUUAAUAAAGUUUUAAUGAAUUUAUUAAUAAUUGACCUUUGAGUCGGUUGACGAAAGCUUUAUUUUUUUUUACUGGAACACACGUUUCGUAACAAGUUUCUCUAAUAAAAAUAGGUGCAUACAGAAAAAGAUGAGCUGUGUUGGAAGGGGAGAUAACAAAUGAGGCAUAAGUGAUUGGAUAAAUGAAUUUAUGUCUGUUUAGGUUUUUUCGUUGUAGAUUUGCAGAAAAACCUUAGUAUUGUUGUCUUUGCAUUUUUGUUUGAAAAAUUUGUUUUCGAUAGUUGAUGUAAUGAAAUGACAUGCAAUCAUAUUUGGCAAGAUUAUAAACUUAUUUCUUUGGCUAUCUCUAGCUUUUCUCCUAAAUUACCCCAAAAAAUUAUAUUGAAAUAUGUCUUUAUGGCUUUUAAUGAGAAAUGAAACAAAAAAUCAAGAAGCUUGAGAAUAAUUUAUAUGAUAUAUUUACAGAAUAUUAGAAAACUAUUGACAGAUGUAAAUAAAAUAGUUGUUACUGUUAUAAAUUUACAUAUCAAAAUGGCAGUAUACAGUCCUAAGCGUUAUUUAUUGUAGAACUGAAAGUUACAUCUUAUUUUAGUAAUAUUUAUUGUUUUUUAUUUUGUUUCAUAAGCUUCAAGAAUUCAGAAACCAUCAUUUUCAUCGCAGCAAAAAGUGUUCAUGGAAGUUAUUGAAGCUAUUUUUGUUGUUGUUUUAGUGUUUCUUUUACAUGUAGAACUGCUAUCUGUCUAUCAAA